CUUGAUUCUUCGUAGUGUCAAAAUGUACAGUAGGCCUACAAUAGGCUAGUCCGGGCAUUUGAGGUCGUUACUUGAGAGUGGAUACUGGAUAGGGUUUGUUUGCCUCCAAAUUCAAACUGCUGGCCAAUGAGCGAGCGCUUAUAGCAGAGUGACAGGUCUAAAGCGCAGGCUUGUGUACAAUAUUCUGGUUCGACAACCUUCGAGUAGCCAAUGCCGACUACGGAUGGGCUGGAACUGAGUGAAUCACAAAAUACAAAUGUGCUUCUUCUGGCAAGGCUACAUUAUAUCACGCGUAUCGGAGGGCUACUGAAUUGAAUGGUUACUGUCGACUCUAAAUAGUCUACCUAACGUUAUGGCUCUAUCGCAAUGUUUGGAAGAUUCACCUGUAAGGUGGCCGUCAAGACGGCAGGGAAAUGAUUUGAAUGUAAAGGAGUUGUACAACGAAAGGCACCGACUGGCGUUAGAGGAACUUAUUUCAGGUGGAGUUGAUUCUUUUUUGGGAUUUCUAAGAAAAGAGAGAAUUCCGAACUUUCUCUCCGAUGACGAGAUCAGACGCAUUGGCAGUGCUGCAGUGGUUCCACGCUGUGUGUCCCUCCACGCAGAGGACGUGAAUUUUGAACAGUCUGUAAACAGCUCCAUGGACUGCUCCUCUGUAACUUACUUCCCCGAGGUCUCGGACGUGGAGCCACCGCUGUUGGAAAUCGGCUGGCCCGCCUUUACAUCGGGCUCUUACCGAGGAGUCACUCGUGCUGUCGCCCACUUCCAACCCAGUUAUGGAGAAUGCAUCUAUAGUUGCAAGGAAGCUGCGAGAAAAAUGAUUCAAAGUGCCAAGGAGGUGAUCGCCAUAGUGACAGACUCUCUGACAGACCUGGACAUCUUUAAGGAUCUUCAGGAGGCGUGCACGCGGCGCAGAGUUCCAGUCUACAUCCUGCUGGACCACUCCUGUGUGCCCGCAUUCCUCAAAAUGUGCAACAACAUCAAUGUGCGCCUGGACGAACUUAGGCAAAUGCGAGUGCGGACCAUAACUGGUGGUACAUACUUCAUGAGGUCAGGGGCCAAGAUUACUGGGAAGGUUCAUGAACGGUUCAUGUUGAUUGAUGGGAACAGAGUGGCUACAGGCUCCUACAGGUUCAAUUGGACUGAUGGGAAACUAAACAGCAGCAACAUGAUUGAGCUGUCUGGCCAGAUCACUGAGAACUUUGAUGAGGAGUUCCGCAUUCUGUACGCCCAGUCCAUGCCUGUUAUUACCAGGGGCCCAGCCAGUGCCCGAAACAGUGGCAUCUACGACCACCUGCUCAUCAAACACCCUGUCACCUCAUCCCCUCAGCCGGCCAAAGAGAGACCCCCAGUCGAGCCUGUCUGUCUGGCCAGCACACCCAGCCAGGCCCAGGCUGUGGCAGUGCCGCCCCCCAGAGAGGAGACUGGGAAGAGCAGCCUGGUGUCGGCCUCCUCCACCAUAGAGGAAGACUGGAUGGAGCAGCAACACAUGCACGAGAUUCUGUCUGGAAGUGCUGCCCAGGGCCUGCCCACAGGUGAUCCUGCCACUGUCGCAGUGGAUGUGCUGGUCACACCCCCCAUCCCUACCUGCUGCCAUGUCUCCACCCAGACCAGCUGCCUUGCGGUGGACAGUGGAGUGCAGACCGAUCUGACUCAGUACACUAACCGCCUCUCCCCCAACAAGGCUACAGUUACUCCCAUUACCACCACCACUACCCAGACCAACAACAUCCAGAGUGAAGCUGCCUCCUCCUCAGAUUCUGUCUCUACCUCCCCCAGGCUGCACUUCGCCCCCCAUGGGGUGGACCGUCGCCCUGCAAUCCGUCACUGUACCGCACCCCCCGAUGGGAACCUGAGGGAGUGCUUCCGCAAGCUGACCAAAGAGCGUCAGUAUCACUACUCCACCAUCCGCUCCAAGCUGGAGCACAUGGUGACCAUGCUGUCCCACCGCCGUGAGCUGGUGGACCUCACCAACAUGGCCCUGGGGCCCGGGCUGCACAGAGCAUGCAAGGCCCAGAAAGAGUGGGGACAAGGGCAGAGGCAGGGGCAUAACCCUGGCCUGCUGAUGGACAGUGUGGGCAUGGGCACAUGGCCAAGGGCCAGAUGUUUACACUAACGGGACCUACAUCGCUGCAGGGUGUUGUAGAAAGGGUUCUGUGUUUCGUAGGUAUACACUACUUGAAACAAAUGGGUUUAAAGAGCAAUAUGAAAUAUUAGUGUUUAGAAUGUCAAGUGUGUGUCACUGUUUCUGUGUUGUGAUGCAGCCUUCUUUCUCACCACCUUCCGGAGACAUUUGAAACCCCACCUCUUUAAGGAACACCUGGGAUAGGAUAAAGUAAUCCUUC